AAAAGCAAAAAGAUUCGAGGUGAGGAGAUAGAGAUGGUAACAGUACUGGCAGAGAGAAACAAGCUGCUUCAGAUAAGGCGCUUCCUCCUCGCUUUGAUUGAGACUCAGUGAUCCCACACCAGCCCACAAUAACACCCACAUAGGCAGAGCAGAGAAGUCUUCAGGAAACUGUCUCACACAUCACGAUUCCCUGAUCUCUUCUUCUUUACUUUGAAGCUCCUACUGCCUCCAGACUGUUGAAGCAACUGGAACAACUGGUCAUUGAAGAAACUGCUGGAGCUCAUUUGAAAGCUUGAUGGUUUCAUAAGCUGUUCCUUUGCUUUAUAAAAGUGAAGUUGAUAGUCUGCUGUGAAAUUACAGCUGGGCAGAAAAUGGGACAUGUUUUAUCAACUCUGAAAAUAUUUUGCUGCCAAAGUUGACAAGGGACCUUGUUUAGCAGUCUGGAUUUGUGUGUAAAGAACUAUUCCAUAGAGGCACUUUUGAUCAGAAUCAUUUCUACAAGAAGAUGAUGUAUAGAGGAGGAGGGUAAGAAGAUUUGUAAUUGCUGACAUUAUGCACUCCCGCCCAGUCUACGUCUGAUGAACUUGAUCUCAUCAGAAGAAGAAGACGGAAUCUAUGUUGGAGGCAAAUACUCACGAGGAAACUAACUGGACUUAUUGAAGCACUGAAUAGUGUGGGACAGCAAGAGAUUUGGAGUCCUUGAGUUCUCCGAGAACUGCCACGGAGGCCAUGAUGGAUUCCAACUGAAUGGUGUUAAACAGUAGCAGCCUUCCUGGGAUUGUGCUUUCAAACACUAUUCUAGACUCUGAGGAAAUGUUGGACUCAGUCAAAUGCGUUUUGGUAGGAGAUUCUGCCGUUGGGAAAACAGCCCUGCUGCUGCGAUUUACAUCAGAGACGUUUCCAGAUAUGUAUCGGCCAACAGUUUAUGAAAACACAGGUGUUGAUGUUUUCCUAGAUGGUGUCCAGAUCAGUUUAGGCCUUUGGGACACUGCUGGUGGUGAUUCCUUCAAAGGCAUACGUCCGCUUUCCUACCAACAAGCAGAUGUCGUCUUAAUGUGCUUCUCGGUGGCCAAUCGCAACUCUUUCCUCAACUUGAGAAACAAAUGGGUCACGGAAAUCCGAACGCACUUGCCCCGGAUCCCAAUUUUAGUGGUGGCGACCCAAACUGACCAGAGGGAAACGGGACCUCAUAGUGCAGCCUGUAUCAGCCCAGUGCAUGGCAAGCGACUAGCCAAAGACAUUCGGGCCAAAGGCUAUGUGGAGUGCUCCUCUCUCACUAACAGGGGAGUGCAGCAGGUUUUUGAGUGUGCCGUCCGGACAGCAGUGAACCAAGCAAAAAAGCGAGCCAGGAGGAAUCUUUUCUCUGUCAACGAGUGCAAGGUGUUUUAAGCUCCAUGCAGUCUCCUUGGCCAUCAUCACAAAACUGAGUUAAUUCCUGCCACAGAGUGUUUUCAUUUCAGCAGAUGAAAAACAGGGCCACCUUCAUGGUUGAUGCAGGCUUCUCCUGGUUGGCGUCAGGACCUCUCCCCAUGAGAAUCUGAGUGGAAUUCUGGACCGACCCAAUUCCAAUAUGGCACUGGUGCCAUUUCCCCCUCCCCAGCAUGUAAACUGAUGGGAAGCCAGACUUGAAGAUUUAAGAAUGGCAGCACAACCACCAUUAUUAUGAUGUGGGAUUUCAGAGCCUAUUUAUUUAACAACGGAAGCUGAGUUGCUGUUGGAGAAAUACUUUCUCCUUUUAUGUUGUGGAAUUAAUGAAAUAUAUCUCAGAGACUUAUGCAGGUAUUUCCCAUAUUAACAUUGGGAUUUUUGUUGUUGUUGAAACUGCUGAGUAUCAUGUUACUGACAAAAACCUUGAAAGGUCAUAGGAUUCCCUGGUGACAGGAAAUGACAUGUUUCUGUUAGAAAAAUACUGUGUUCAAAGCCAGGGUCAAAAGAAAACUGAAUAUGUGCAUAAGACCUGGAUGUGGAAUUUUAAACUAAGUAUAUUAUUUAUAUUUUAAAAAGUUGUUUAGGCUUCCUUGGUGAAGUUUGUCUCCUCUCAAUGGACACUCUUGAUUUAAGAAUAAAUGAGAAGAUUAGCUUCCUUGUAACCCAGUCAUAUAAAUCUAUCCAUGAAAUUUACAAGUUGGAAUUGUUAAUAUCUUUACGAGUUCUUAUGGUCCCAUCUAAUUUACUAGGCAGAUACUCGGGUAAUUCACAUACAACAGCUAUUUGUUAUCUUCUCAAAUCUCAAAAUCCAUAUAUUAGCCAUCACAUUCCUAAUUAGACAUCUAGUUGAACAUCCUGUUUUCAGAAAUGGUCGCCUCUCAAAGCUCACAACUGUGAGGAUGGAAGCAAAAUUAUCUUCUGCUGCUUGUCUUUAUACUUUUAAUUUCUAUACAUGUAAUUUCAAGCUUUGGAGAAAGUUAAUUUUAGAUUUCAACUCCAUGGCUCGCUAAUAUAACAUCACCAAUGAUUCAACCUUUGAGACUUCAGCUUUCCCUAAUCUCUAAUCAUUGGUGAUUAGUGCUAGGGAUUCCCAAAGACAAGCUCUGCUGAGGCAAGACUGAUUACAAUUUACAGUUACUGUAAAUAAUAUAAGGUAAAGGUAAAGAUUUUCCCUGACAUUAAGUCUAGUCCGACUCUGGGGGUUGGUGCUAAUUUCCAUUUCUAAGCCAAAGAGCCGGUGUUAUCCAUAGACACCUCAAGGUCAUGUGGGCAUCAUCAUGGAGCACUAUUACCUUCCCGCCAGAGCAGUACCUAUUGAUCUACUCAAAUGUGCAUGUUUUAGAAGUGCUAGGUUGGCAGAAGAUGGGGCUAAAAGCGGGAGCUGCCCACUCCCCGGAUUUGAACUGCCAGCCUUUCGGUCAGCAAGUUCAGCAGCACAGAGGUUUAAUCCGCUGCACCAAUUAAUAUAUCUGAGUACUUUUUUAAAAGCCCUUUAAGUUAAUGGCCAUCUCUACAUAUUGUGGUGGUUACACACUGUGCAAAGACUUGCUUCCCGUUAAUAUCCUGGAAUUAUUGCCAAAACUAAUCCAGAUAUCAUUCUCCACAAUUUCCUCGCUAGUAUUCACAUGGGCAGAUCCCCCAUACAUGGACAUUUUAGAAGUCAGUGCUCCUGUAUUUUUCAAUAUCAGCUUGAUCUGCAGCCAUUGCCAGCUGGUUCUGCUUAUCUUUAUGCCAUGAAAGUCUUUACUGCUUGAUUUUUGAAGACCAAGCUGUUGUUCAAGGCAUAGAAGCUGGUCUUCAUGUGUUUUUAGUUCAGUUCAAAACUAUCUGUAACAGGCAUUAUACCGAGAAUGCAAAACGUGUUCUCUGAUCUGUGCUGGCUUUCUUUGUAUCUGGAUUAGUCGCACAAGUGAAAGAACAGCAGGCAGGAAACUGCUAUCUCAACAUGUGCCCAGAAGAUCCUGAGAACCCUUCCGUUGUGUUACCAUAAAUUAUGCUUUUUUUCUUUUUCUUUUGUUGCUGCUGCUGCUGGUGGUUGUACUACCGGUGAUUACACUGUCACGAUUAACUAUCUUUCAUUUUCAAGAUAAAGGUUGUCACACCAAAGGGGCAGAAUUCUGAAGGGGCAGAAUGGAAACUGUGUUUCAUUUUGAGGCUUAAAUUUAGGUGAAAAAAGACAUACAUAAAUGUCAUUUCCUAUACAACUGGAAGCUUGAAAAAGCCACAUAAAAUAGCUGACGAUUUCAGUGGGACUUCUUCCGAAGUGGAGGCUUAUGAAUUACAGUUGUGUUUUUGAUGUUACUGAUUUCAAAUUAGCACUAAAACUGUAUGUACACAAUUUUUAUGUUUUUGAAACCUAGUUACAUCAGAAUCUUUUUUAUAUAAUAAAGCUAUUUGUAGUAAA